GUAAAGGCUGCGUGAGGCUGCGGGACGAGCUGCCUUACAGAGCGCUGCAGUCAUAUUAUAUGUGCAUAUGGAUAUAUAUAUACACACUGAUAAAAUAUCUUAAACAUUAUUAUACGCGUCUAUAAUAAUAUGUAUAAAAUACAUUCUCUUACCCAUUGCAUAUGCUAUACUAUAUGCAUUCAUAAAACAUAUAUAUGUUAUACAUUAUACUCCAUAAGUAUGCAUAUAAUAUGACUGCAGAGGUGUUUUAUAUUCUGUAUUAGAUAUAGAAUAGGUAAUAUUAUUUAUAUAUAUCUGUAACUUGCAUUAUAUAAUACAUGAUAUAUUAUUAUAUAUUUUAUUUUUUUUUUAUAGAGUAUACACACAUAUUACCACUUUUAUAGAGUCCAGGCUAAGUGGCAUAAAAAACUGAAACAGCAAAUUUGGGUCAGGAUUUAAGAAAGGCUCCUUUUAAAAUAAUUUUUAAUAAUUAAAUUUAAUAUUUGCAUAGAAUAUGUAUAUAAUAUAAUAUGUGAUUGUUUACUAUUUUUAUUCCCUAUCCCAUGUGUUCUUGGCCAGGCUGGAUGCUGUUCUCUGCUGCCUGGUCUAGUGAAAGGUGUUAAUGCUCAUGACAGGGAUUGUUGGAAUGGGAUGAUCUUUAAGGUCCCUUCCAACGCCAUCCUUUCUGUGGUUCCAUGACAUUUUUUAGUAACGCUGCUGUGCACUUGUGCUGCCACAGGUCUGGGUAUUUUUAGGAGUGCCCAGCAGUCCCUUAUGGUCUUCGUAGAGCUCUCUCCGUUUUACCAAAGAGCUGGGGAGGCCAAGUUGCCCUUUGGACAAGGCAAAAAGCAGGCAGCCUGCUGAAGCCUGUGUUGUAGGUGUUGGCAGAGCUGUACUGCAGCCUCCGCCCUGCUCCAGCACGUCAGAUGUCACAGUCGGACUGGCUCUGGACUGGCAGUGGCCAAGGCACGGAAAAGGGACUAUGGUACAGUGCAGCACCAUCACUGCUUGGCAUAGUCCUCUGGUCCUUCCUCAAGUGCUUGUUCUCCACAGAGGCCUUCUGCCAUCACUUGCCGUGCCUCUUGUGAUGCGGGGUCUGCUGCUGCUGCCUUCAACAGAGGAUGGUGCUGUGCUCCACAUCUUGCUCAAGCUACUUGAAAUACUGUCCUCUGACAGUGUAAUAACCCAAGGUUGAUUAUGGGAAUGUGCUUGAUUACUGCUACCAUGUUCUCACAGUGCUCACGGGAUCUGUUAAAGAUUGCAAAUCUUCAUCUCCGGAGUCUGAAUUUAAAUCUACAUUUACAAAACCAGCGAAGGGCUUUCAGCAAGUCACUGCCUGCAUGUCGAAGGAAAGUAGUUGUUACAGGUAUUGGCUUAGUGUCCCCUCUUGGUGUGGGGACUCAGUUUGUGUGGAAGCACCUUCUGGAAGGAGGCAGUGGGAUUACAUCACUAGAUGGGGAAGAAUAUGCAGGCGUCCCAUGUAGAGUGGCUGCAUGUGUGCCAAGGGGAAACAAGGAGGGUGAGUUCAGUGAAGAAAGCUUUGUGUCAAAGUCAGAGAUCAAAUCCAUGAGUUCUGCCACUGUGAUGGCCAUCGGUGCAGCAGAGCUUGCAAUGAAGGACUCUGGCUGGUCUCCCCAGUCUGAACAGGACCGCUUAACUGCCGGUGUGGCAAUUGGGAUGGGAAUGGUUCCACUGGAGGAAAUUUCUGACACAGCUGCCUUAUUUAAAACAAAGGGUUACAAUAAGGUCAGCCCUUUUUUUGUCCCAAAGAUUUUGGUCAAUAUGGCAGCAGGCCAUAUCAGCAUUAAAUACCAACUGAAAGGGCCAAAUCACGCUGUGUCGACCGCUUGUACCACAGGCGCACAUGCAGUUGGAGACUCCUUUAGGUUCAUUGCUGCUGGUGAUGCUGAUGUCAUGCUGGCUGGAGGGACUGAGGCUUGCAUUAGUCCUUUGUCUUUGGCUGGAUUCGCAAGAGCCCGGGCUCUCAGCACGAGUUUUAACUCGAGCCCUAAAACAGCGUGUCGACCCUUUGAUUCGCAGAGGGAGGGCUUUGUAAUGGGAGAGGGUGCUGCUGUGCUGGUCUUGGAAGAGUAUGGACAUGCCGUACAAAGAGGUGCUAGGAUCUAUGCAGAAGUUUUGGGCUAUGGACUGUCCGGUGAUGCUUGCCACAUAACAGCACCCAAUCCCGAGGGAGAUGGUGCAUUCAGGUGCAUGUCUGCAGCAAUAAAGGAUUCUGGGAUCAAACCUGAAGAUGUAACAUACGUCAAUGCACAUGCAACUUCUACACCUCUAGGAGAUGCUGCUGAGAAUCAAGCAAUCAAGAGACUUUUUAAAGAGCACUCACGUAAUAUUGCCGUUUCCUCAACAAAAGGAGCAACAGGACAUCUUUUAGGGGCUGCAGGAGCUAUUGAAGCAGCUUUUACUGCACUGUCCUGCUACCAUGGGAUGUUGCCACCUACUCUAAACUUAGAGAAAACAGAGGCAGAGUUUGAUCUCAAUUAUGUUCCAUUGACAGCUCAGGAGUGGAAGACUGACAAGCGGCGUAUAGCGCUCACAAAUUCCUUUGGCUUUGGUGGCACUAAUGCAACUUUGUGCUUUGCAAGUGUUUAACUUAUGCUGUCAGUGGUAUGAAAAAAUUGCACCAAUUAUGAUUUUCUGUACUGCUAUCUCUGGUGUGUUCUGUAAUAUUUUUUCAGCUUUGAGAGUUGCUCAUUUGAUACAUAAGAACUUUAUUCACCCUAACAUUUACACCAGUAAUUCUUCUAGAAAGAGGGAACUUCUUUUACUCAUUUUAAUAAAAAUAAAAAAAGAUCUA